AUUGAUACAUCUAUUGAAAGACUGAGCAAGAGAUUUCAAACAGGCAAACCUAGUUUGACUGAGUUAUGAACCUGAUCCCGUAGUUGUGUCGAGUCGAUAAUAUCACGUGCCACUACGGAAAGCGAGGCGGCCACAUCCGCCAUUCGCUGGAAUUUCUCGAUUCAACGACCGCCGACACCGACGCCCAUCAACAACCAGUCCAGCCCAGCAUCAAGCGUCCAUUGCGUCUCGUCCUCGUUUGGGAGGAACGCAGAGACCUACAAGACCCAAUUGACUUCAAAUUGGAGCAAACAAUCCAUACCCGCUUCACCAUGUUCUCCCGAACAACGCUCGCAAGAGCCUUCGCCCUACCCUGGGAGCAGCAGCACCAUGCAUUCCUGCGCCCCAGCUUCCGCGCCUGCCUUCACCAAGCCACGAACACAAGCAGCAGCAGCAGCAGCAGCACAUCACAACCUGAGAGCCCACUCGGCGCCACACCACGGGCCCAAUCGUCGACGCCCACCACCCAAACUCCAUCCCAACCCUCAGCCGACCAAGCGUCACCCCUACGCCUCACCAAGUCUCUCCUCGAGAAACUCCCCUACCUCACCUCUCAAAAACCGCACUACAUCACCGCGCACCUCCACGCAAAACCGUACCUCCUGACCGCAGGCGACCACCUCCGCCUGCCAUUCCUCAUGCGGGGCGUGAAACCGGGCGACAUCCUCCGCUUCAACCGGGCGUCUGUGCUCGGUUCGCGCGACUUUACGCUCAAGGGGGCGCCGUAUAUCGAUGAGCGGUUGUUUGAGUGCCGGGUGAGGGUUAUGGGCGUGGAUGCGGAGCCGUUGCGGGUGAAGGAGAAGACGAAGCGGAGACAGCGGCAUGUGCGGAAGGUCAAGAGCAAACAUAAGUACACGCUUUUGCGGGUGAUGGAUGUCAAGGUCAAGACGCCGGAGGAACUACUUGAACAAGGAGCGGUGGUUGUUGAGGGGGAGGAUGUGCCGAAGAUGGAGGCUAAUGCUUAAGCAUUUUUUCUGGGGAACAAGCAAAGGAAAAGCUGAUUGGCAUAUGGGACUGUUUUAAGGGUAUCCUGGGAUUAUUGUUGUUGCCUAUAUCCACUGAUGGGCAUGCUAUGUACAGAUAGAUCUGACUGCACAUGGGACUCGUGCAUUGUAUUCUAUAUCGAAACUGAUGUGAUUGCUUCUUCUACAGAGGGUUACUCUGACAGGUCGAGAAUAUUGAUCUUGAU